CUAUACUAUAAUAGACGAGCUUUGUUUCUUGAACGUCUCCGGACGCGUCGUCAGUGAGGGAAGUUUCCGAGCCCGAGAAGCAGUUCUGUUUAGGAGAGACGCGACGUUGGAUCAAAUGUUUGGUUCGCGGUAGAAAUCAUGUACCUGCUGCAGCGUGCCCGCGGACCACCAUGCACUGGAGAAGCCACGUCUCCGGCCUCGCGUUCAGCUUCCUUUUCGUUGCGUCCUGUUUCACGAAUAAGUUUGUCCUCUCCGUGUUGAAAUUCACCUACCCAACUUUAUUCCAAGGAUGGCAGACCCUCAUCGGAGCUGUCCUGCUCCUGCUGUCAGCAAAGCUGGGCUGGGUGGAGAUGAGUCGCGUCCCCAGGUCGGCCGCUCUCUCCUGGCUCCCGGGCUCGCUCCUGUUCGUGGGCAACAUUUACGCAGGGUCCAGGGCCUUAUCGCGCAUAGACAUUCCGUUUUUCUUCACUCUUCAGAAUUCCUCCCAUGUCGUCACUUACGUAAUCGUCCGGCUCUUUCACAGAGAGAAGACGCAGUGGCUCAAAGUCGGCGGCCUUUGCCUCCUGCUGCUGCCGGCCGUCUACCUCCCCCUGUGUGACCCUCAGGUAACAGUCGUCCGUAAAGCAGCUGGUGGUCCCAUGCCGACGGCGCCUCUUAUCCGGUCACUCUCCACGCUUUCUUCACAGUUUGACCACGGCGGCUACCUUUGGGCUCUGUGCCAUCUCGCCUGUGUUGGUGCAUACAGGGUGUUUCAGGUUCACCACAAGUCCCCCAGUCUAAGUGACAUUGAGCAGCAUUGCAUCAACUACUUGUUCAGCGUGCUGCUGCUGGGUCUUGCCGCCCAUCCAACAGGUGACUUCACGGCUGCCUUGGAGUUCCCCUCUCUUCAGUCCCACACCUUCCACUGUGGCUGCUGUGCCAGUGCUUUGCUGGGCUUUCUGCUACUGCUGGCCACCGCCAGGCUAAAACGCGGCCUGUCCCUUGAGCACUUUAGGGUUUGGCGUUUGCUAUCAAAGGUCACAGCGGUGGUCCUCUCUCCUUUGGUCUUCCACAUGGACGUGAACUCCGCGUCUCUGCUUUGUGUGACUGUCAGCCAUAUCGGAGAAUCGCUGCUGUUGUAUUUGGACAGAGGAUCUCCACCAUAAAGGCCAAACCUGCACUUCUUAUGAGAGAUUGUUUUUCUAUUUUACAUUUCUUGUCUGUUUUCUGACAAUCUGAAUGAAUAAAGGUCUGUUGUUCAUGUCGCUCA